CAAACAUUUGUCUAUUUUCGUCCUUCAACUUAGAUUCUCUUUAGGUCCCUGUAUUUUUCUUUAUGUGCCACUUCGUUUCUUUCUUUCUAUUUCUUCUUCUCUUUUAUUCCACCGCCUCCAGAUUCUUCUUCUCAGUUACACCCGAAAAAGCUUUCACCACCACCACCGCUCACUCUAUAUUUCCUCGCUAUUCCACCUAUCGACUGCUUCUUCUACUUCUACUCCGAUUUCCAUUAGGAUCGAUCUCCACUUCUCACUAGAAGUCGAUUUAUCAAAGGUCGUCCCUUGGGCUGCCGACAGUGACAGAGGGGAACCACCUCAUCGCCAUGGUUGUCGUUUCUUUCUCCUUCUUAUGGCUUUGCUAAUAGCAGGCCAAACAGAGUCCGUUUCGCCUGCAUGCUGCUACGGAGCCCCAUUCACUAAGACAAGGGGUAGCGGUGGAGACGUCGUCGUCUCUUUUGUGUCUUUUCAAAUGUCACAAAUGAAAGUGGGAUACAACACGCUACAACAGGAGAGAAAACAUCGCACACAGAAGCCACUGCAACGGUUCGAUUCCAACGGAUACAUGGCGAGAAAGUCACCGAUUAGUUUUUAAACCAACUAAACUUCCUCCCACCUUUGUUUCAAGCAGGCUUUGUGAACGGGUUCCAAAGACAUAAUAGAUGAAGUUUCAAAAAGGUCCAACAGAAGAUUUGAAAAGUAACAUCAAGAAAAAAACAAGAAUCAAUCUUUGUAACAUUUUUCUUCCAUUUCUGAUAUGGAUUCCCCACAACAACAACAGUUCAGCAAAUGGACACAAUGGACAAACUAAUGGAGGAGCCAUCAGCAUACAAUGGUGGCAUAAAUGCUGGCACGUGGGGAUCACAGGAACAGGCUACAAGCAGUUACCGAGAGAAAGGGUAUGCGUUUCAUGCAGCAACUUCACAUAUGACACAACAUUGGACGAUCUACUUCCGUAUCUAAAAGCCAUGAUCGUUGGUGUUAUCAGUGCUUCCCCUUUAUCAAUGGGACUUAUUACCGAAAACAGCCCUCCAGCUUCAUCUGAACUCAAGGAUGCAUGUCGUAAAGCUGCUGAUUUUUGUAAAAAGAAGGGAAAGGAUAUAUCGAAAUUAUCCAUGAAAUACAGUUUGUGUAAUGAACAUAUUUUGUGGGGAUGA